GUGUGCGCACCCGGCUGUCAACACUCAUGGGCUACAACAUACACAGCCCCCUCACACGCACUCACAAGCACGUCUGCGUCAUGCGUCCUGAGAGCGACAGCACGAGCCCGGUAACUCCGAUGGACCCGGUAAAACGCACAGCGGCAGCAGCAGUCUGAGGGGGCUGACUGACUCCUGCUUAUUCUUCCACUACUCCCCACUACUUUGGGAAAAGUUUCGCUCUGAGUGUGGUUGCAUUAUGGAUUUUAUAACCACAAGCAACAACGACAGCAACGCGACCAGUGUUUACCCCAGUGGGGGGGACGUGGUUGUCGACUGGAACGGGGGUGAAAAUGGCACGGGGUCCGGGUCUCUUCCAGAUCUGGUGCUAAGUUACCAGAUUAUUACCUCAUUGCUCCUGGGGGCCCUCAUCCUCUGCUCCAUAUUUGGCAAUGCGUGCGUCGUGGCAGCCAUCGCCCUGGAGAGAUCUCUCCAGAAUGUGGCCAACUAUCUGAUCGGAUCCCUGGCCGUGACAGACCUCAUGGUUUCUGUGCUGGUCCUGCCAAUGGCGGCCCUGUAUCAGGUUUUAAACAAGUGGACUCUGGGGCAGGAGAUCUGUGAUUUAUUCAUCUCUCUGGAUGUACUGUGUUGUACAUCAUCCAUCCUGCAUCUGUGCGCAAUUGCUUUGGACAGGUACUGGGCCAUAACGGACCCUAUUGACUAUGUAAAUAAACGGACACCAAGGAGAGCUGCGUUCUUGAUUAGCGUCACUUGGCUAAUUGGUUUCUCCAUUUCUAUUCCGCCUAUGUUAGGCUGGAGAAGCGCCGAAGACAGGGCAAACCCCGACGCCUGCAUGAUCAGCCAGGACCCGGGCUACACCAUCUAUUCUACGUUUGGAGCUUUUUACAUCCCUCUUAUCCUCAUGUUAGUUCUAUACGGACGAAUAUUCAGAGCUGCUCGGUUUCGGAUUCGAAAGACAGUAAAGAAAGCAGAGAAAGCAAAAGUGUCAGAAAAGUGCUUGAGUGUGUCUCCGGCCAUCUUUCACAAGAAAACCAACGGAGAGGCCGGCGGCAAAGGCUGGAAGCGCGGGGAUGAGUCUAAAUCCAGCUCUCCGUGCGUAAAUGGCGCGGUGAAGCAUGGAGACGAGGGCGAAUCAUUGGAGAUCAUAGAAGUUAUCAGCAACUCAAAGACGCACUUGCCUCUGCCCAACACUCCUCAGUCCUCCUCGCACGGCUAUGAAAACAUGAAUGAAAAGAACUCGGGGGCGAAGAGAAAGAUCGCGCUGGCCAGGGAACGUAAAACGGUGAAAACACUCGGCAUCAUUAUGGGAACUUUCAUCUUCUGCUGGCUGCCCUUUUUCAUCGUUGCGCUGGUACUGCCUUUCUGUGCAGAGAGCUGCUACAUGCCCGAGUGGCUGGGCGCAGUCAUAAACUGGCUGGGCUAUUCAAACUCUCUCCUCAACCCCAUCAUAUAUGCCUACUUCAACAAAGACUUCCAAAACGCUUUCAAGAAGAUUAUAAAAUGCAAAUUCCACAGACCAUAACCAGAGUAAAAAAAAAAAGAAAAGAAAAACGUUUGCGUUUAUUUAAAUGCGGAUACGUUAGAGAGCGGGGAUGUUCAGUGACUAUAUAGAAACAGCAAAAAGACAAAAAACAACAACAAUACACAGACUUUCAUUCAGGGACAGUCCCUUUUAGUCGUGUCUUAAGGAUGGUGUAAAAAUAAUCCACCGGUGAAACAAGUCAAUAUAGAAACUUUCGCUGUUAAUGUACAAGCUCAUGUUUAUUCAGUGUUGUAGCUACAGUAUAUAGCUUAUAUGCGACGGCAGCCAUCGUUGUAUUGCCAUGCAAGACGUGUCCUGUGCUGUUUCCAUGCAUUUUAUCAUGAGGCACGCGGGGUUUCCGUCCCAUGUCAUGAGCUGUGUAGCACUGAAACAAUAAAAGCAAUCAAAGUUUGUCACGAAGAAAUAUGAGUGAAUGUUUGUUUAGAAGCAAAAACGAGAAAAGAAGAGAGCAGAGGCCCAUUAUGAAAAAUCACACUUUCACUUAUAGGACAUGGCUCGUCAUAUAUCUUCAUACAGAUAAUAAGGAAUGAGUGAUUUUCCUAUGUUCUUGAGCACACAAUACAGUGGGCAACUUAUCAGUUUGCUUUGACAGGCCAACACACUGAUGAUGAUGAGUGAUGAUCAGGUUAUCAGUGCAUG